AUGACAUAUGGUCGCACCCACUACUUGCCUACCACCAAUGUUGCCGCUGAGACCUUGAGGGCAUACCUCCUGUCCCACCCAGCACGUUGUCUCCCUCGGUUUUACUCUGCUCAACCCACGCAACGCACGGAUGACGGCUCAUCCUCCGAGAACCAGGGAACGUUAGAGCAAGAGAAGAACAGCUCCUUUAGCCAGAGGGCUAGACAGCGUCUGGCAAACAGAGAGUUCUUCACCAGUCUGUUAAGCUCCGCCGCUACGAAGAGAGAUGCAAAGGCAUAUAUCUCCCGCCUCAAGAACCCGGCCAAGUCGACUGGAGAGCAGAAGCCGGCCACACGGGAUCCACAGUCUCAGGUAGAAGCGGGAGAACUGUUUGGUUGGACUCGAGCCUCAGAAGCAAGCCCAGUCUUCACCCAAUUUGCAAAUGAGCAGGAGCGGGAGCAGGCAACCGAGGAGCAGGAGCUUCUACAUGUUGCACUCGUCAAGAUCAGCGAUGUGUCCACCAUGGCCGACAACCUCGUGAAGGGGAUUGCUCAGACCCUGUCUUCUCUCUCCAGACUGAGUAUGGCACCUUGCGUUGUCUUGGAGGAGCCUCUACAGGACGAUCGACAAGCGAGCCGACGGCAACUGACCCUGGCUGCAAACAGACUCGCUACUGCAAUUGACUCUGUACAUGAGUGCGGAGCCAGAAUCCUGGACAAUGUGCUGAGUUUGGGCCCUGAUGGUCGCCCCCAAGUAUUUCUUCGAAAACUCUUGACUCGUCCGUUGAGACGAGGCCGGGUACCCAUCAUACUGCCUAUUGCUUACUCUGCCGAGCAAUCACGGGCCGUCUCAAUCAGCGCUGAUGAAGCAGCCCUAGCAUUGACCAGGGAGCUUGCAGGUGUCCCGGUCAAACCACAGGUGGGUGAACAACAAGGAUACAGGAACAUUUCUCUAGACAGAAUCAUCGUCGUGGAUGAAAUCGGUCCAAUCCCGAGCACAAAAGCUCUUGACAAAAGACACGUCUUCGUCAACUUGGAGCAAGAAUACUCCGCCUUGCAGGAGGAGCUACGAAGUUCAACAGACGAGGCUGUGUCACAGAAGCAUGCCUCGAACCUGAAAAUGUUCAAAGAGGCGCUGAGGCUGCUCCCAGCGUCGUCCUCGGCACUGCUGACAACUCCGCUCGAAGCGGCAAAUUCAGCACGGUUGGCUGACGAUGGAGUCUCCAGUGUUGGAACGCGAAGACAGAAGAAUCCUCUAAUCCACAACCUCUUGACAGACAAACCGGCAUAUUCUUCCUCUCUCCCGGCAGGGAGGUUGGGACAAGAUGCGUCGGCAAUGCCUCUGAUCGCGUCGACCGUCGUGAAGCGAGGCAUGCCAGUGACUAUGUUACCUAAUCCAGAAGCACAGACCUGGACAGCGGCCUCCAGGCCUCGCUUGCAAUUGACGGAUCCGAGGAUUGACCUUGACCGACUCACGUAUCUCAUUGACGACUCUUUCAACAGGAAACUCGACGUCGAGGCCUAUUUAGAACGGGUCAAUGACCGUAUCGCUGGUGUCAUAAUUGCAGGAGAAUACGAAGGCGGCGCCAUCCUGACCUGGGAAACGCCUCCUGGGUGCUCGGACAGCGACACCGAUCGACUCGUUCCGUACCUCGACAAAUUUGCCGUCCUGAAGAAAUCUCAAGGCGCGGGUGGCGUGGCCGACAUAGUGUUCAACGCAAUGGUACGAACCUGCUUUCCCAACGGCGUCUGCUGGCGGAGUCGAAAAGACAAUCCUGUCAAUAAAUGGUAUUUUGAACGCUCGAGGGGAACAUGGAAGAUCCCAGGGACGAAUUGGACAAUGUUCUGGACCACGCCUGGCAUCUUGGUCAGCGACGGGAACAGAAGCCAAACCUUUCUUGACUAUGAAGGGGUUUGUCGAACGGUGAAGCCGACCUGGGCAGACGGGAAACGGAUCGCCGAUUAG